UCAAGAUGUAGCUUAUCAAUCCCCAGACAAAAUCAAACGGUUCUUGCACAGUGUUCAUAAUCACAUUUAAGAUGGGGGCAUUCCUUUUCCAACAUUCCAUCAUGUUUGUUAUGACCAAUUUAGGACUGGGCUAGCAGAGCAAACAGAGAAGCCUUCGACUCUUCGUUUUCUUUUAAAUUUUCGGAGAGACGAAAGAUGUUGUUCUUCUCGUAUUUUAAGGAUUUGGUUGGCAGAGAAGUGACGGUCGAAUUGAAGAACGACCUCGCUAUUAGGGGGACUCUGCAUUCUGUUGAUCAAUAUCUGAAUAUUAAGCUCGAGAACACUAGAGUGGUUGAUCAAGAGAAGUAUCCUCACUUGCUUUCAGUGAGGAAUUGCUUUAUCAGGGGAUCGGUGGUGCGAUAUGUUCAGCUACCUCCAGAGGGAGUCGACAUUGAACUUCUUCACGAUGCCACAAGGAGAGAAGCUCGUGAUGGCUGAUAGUUAGUUUCUGGCCAACUUUUGUGCUACUUGGAAGGGGAGAGCAUUUAUCAAAAGAAAAGACGGGCAGCCAGGAGAGGGAGGGCUGUCACGUCUGUGGAUCUGCUUACAUCAAUAUAUGGUUUUGAUAUUAACGAGUUUGCUGACUUUUUACCUAACUUCUGCUAUUCAUACAAGUGCCUGGCCGAUGGUGAGAAAUUCUAUUCUGUAGGCUAAGGGACCCACUCAUAUGUGUCCAUAUUUUGAUAAACAAGUCUCCGCUACAACCAGCAGUGACCUUACCAAUCAGCCAGUUGGCAGUUGGCACUUUGCAAAUAGUGUUAGUUUGUGUUUGGCAAAUGAUUUCAAUUCCUGUUUUUCAGGGUCAGAAUGA